CUCUUUCUUUCUCUUUUUCUUUCUUUCUUUCCCUCCUUCCUUUCCUUUCUCUCUCUUUCUUUCUUCCUUAUCUAUUGAUCUAUCUUUAUAUCUAUCUACAACCUAUCAAUAAAUCAUAUGUGUAUCUACCUAUCUGUUUAUCUGUUUCACAGCCCUAACAUAUUGAAUGGCAAAUGUCUCAAUAUUUGGUUUCCAUGACAAAAUACUCAAGUGCAUUUUCAUCUACCUCUUUAGUAUUUCUUUCUGUAUUACCUUUGCAGAUUCUUCCUCCUCUCUUGCCAUAUAUUGAGUAUUAGUAUCUUUAAUGCUCAGAUGACUUACCUCUUCAAAUCCAGCCCAGACUUUGUAUUUGACCUCUAGAUUUGUAUAUUUAACUACUUACAUAUCUUGACUUAUGGGAGACCUUGAAAGCAAGUCAAUUCAGGUGAUUCACAAAUGUAGUGACACGUAGCCCUGUUCUAAGGUUCCCAGCCCAGGAAUGGCCUAGUCAUCCAUACUGUUAAUUGAGCUAGAAUCUUGUGUCUUCCUUGACAACACCCUCUCCUCUCUUCAUCCACAUCCAAUCCAAUUCCAAAGUAUGUCAAACUCAUCUCCUAAAUGUCCUUCAAGAAGAUCUACAUCUCUCCAGCUUUACUAUCUCAACUACCAUCAAACUAUAUUACAUCAAAUUGUCAUCAUUACUCUCCUGCACAGUAACUUUCUCUCUGCUCUGCUAAGAAGUUUGCUCCCAUCCUAUUUAUUCUCUAUAUUGUAGCUGGACUAAUCUUUUCAAAAUGCAAAGCCAAUCACAAUGCCACCCGCAUAAAAUCCAUCAAUGGCUAAUUUUUGAUUCCAGGACAAGAAUACAAUUCUAUAACAUGACUUUGAAGGCUCUGCAUGUGCUUAUAUCUCUCUAGUCCUCUCUAGCCUUUUCCUUAAUAGUCUCUACUCUAGCCCUACUGGCUUCUUUCUGGACCCAAUGCCACCCACAAUCCUUCAUGCCACUGAGCUUUACACAUGGUAUUCUGGUAUUCCCUCUGCCAGAAAUGCUACUUUUUUUUUUUAAUCUUUUUUGCCUAAUUAAUUCUUGUUUAUUUCUUAGAACUCGGCUCAAGCAUUAUUUCUUUAGGGAAACUUCCUCUGACUUCUUGACUUUGUCCUUUUUGCAAUGUUCUGUUAUUUCCAUGAUUAUCUGAUUAAUAAUGAUCUUUCCUGAUAGUUUUAAGCUCUGCGAGAGCAUGUUGAUUUGUUCAUUCUUGUAUCCUUGGUGUCUAAUAUUUUGCUUUACAUGUAGUAGUCAGUCAAUACAUACUUGUUACGUAAAGACUCAUUUUCUUCUCUCUCUUUUUUUUUUUUUUGUAGGACUGCCAUUGUUAUUAAGAACUGUCACUUAGAGGUACCAAAGUACAAGAUAUUUGCUACCGUUAAUACUUGCUACAGGUAGCAGCAAGAAUGGAAGGACAUGUAUUUAAAGAAUUUUCAAAGAAAAUGUCCCAGUUAAUUAUGGAUGAAAUGCCAAAAGCUGAUUAUUCCAGUUUAUUCAAUGACUUUGUUGAAUCUGAAUUUUUUUUGAUUGAUGGAGAUUCAUUACUUAUCACAUGUAUCUGUGAGAUAUCAUUUAAGCCUGGGCAGAACCUCCAUUUCUUUUAUCUGGUUGAACGCUACCUUGUGGAUCUUAUCAGCAAAGGAGGACAAUUUACUGUAGUUUUCUUCAAGGAUGCUGAGUAUGCCUAUUUCAACUUCCCUGAACUUCUUUCUUUGAGAACUGCUUUAAUUCUUCAUCUUCAGAAUAAUACCACUAUUGAUGUUCAAACAACAUUUUCGGGAUGCUUAUCAGAAGAGUGGGAAAGUUUCCUGGAAGAGGGUUACCCAUAUUUCCUGAUAGUUGCAGAUGAAGGCCUGAACGAUGUACAAACAGACCUUUUCAACUUUUUAAUCAUUCAUUCUUGGGCAAGGAAGGUCAAUGUCGUGCUUUCUUCAGGGCAAGAAUCUGAUGUUCUUCGACUUUAUGCAUACCUGCUUCCAAGCAUGUACAGACACCAGAUAUUUCUCCAGAUGAAUAAACAGAAGAUUGAAGUUGCUUAUGUAACCCUGCUUAACCAAUUGGAAAGAUAUAAGGUUUCUGCAUUAGCACCUCUUUUUGGAAGUUUAGAAUGGAAUGAUAUGAUGGAAGAGGCACAUGAGACUAUAUCUCUGCUUACACAAAUCUGGCCAGAAGGCUCUGACAUUCGGCGUGUCUUUUGUGUUACUUCAUGCUCAUUGUCUUUGAGAAUGUACCAUCGCUUUUUAGAAAACAGAAAUCUCAGGGGAUUCCACCAAGAUGACCAAAUAAGAACAGCUCCAGAGUGCAGCUCCAAGCAAGAAAGACGCAGAAGGCACGUGAUCUCCACAUCUCCAUUCGAGGUGAAAAGUAAUUGCUUAACCCUGCAGGAGAUGGAAGAUUUGUGUAAACUGCAUUGUCUCACUGUGGUUCUUCUACUCCAUCUGCCUCUUUCUCAAAGAGCUUGUGCUAGAUUCAUCACUUCCCACUGGGCGGAGGACACGAAGCCUUUAUUAAAAAUGAAAAAGUGGUGUGAAUAUUUUGUCUUAAGAAAUAUACAUAUUUUUGAAUUCUGGAAUCUGAACUUAAUUCACCUUUCUGACUUAAGUGAUGAGCUUUUGUUGAAGAAUAUUGCUUUUUACUAUGAAAAUGAAAAUAUAAAAGGCCUACAUUUGAAUUUGGGAGAUACCAUUAUGAAAGAUUACGAAUAUCUCUGGAAUACCAUAUCAAAGGUGGUCAGAGACUUUGAGGUUGGACAGCCAUUUCCUCUGAGAACAACACAAUUUUGUUUUCUUCAAAAGACACCAUCACCAAUCAAAGACAGCUCCAGUGAAAUGGUGCCAAAUUUGGGUUUUAUUCCAAUGUCAUCUUCUCUGGUUGAUCAAUUUGCUGGAGAUAUUUUGAAAGAUUUGCCUUUUCUAAAGAGUGAUGAUCCCAUUGUUACCUCACUGGUUAAACAAAGGGAAUUUGAUGAGCUUGUCCACUGGCAUUCUCAUAAACCCCUGAGUGAUGAUUAUGACAGGACCAAAAGUCAGUUUGAUGAAAAAUCUAGAGAUCCUCGUGCUCUUAAAUCUCUGCAGAAGUAUCACGUUUUCCAACGAUUUUAUGGGAAUUCAUUAGAAAUGGUCUCUUCAAAAGUCAUCGUGACUCAAACUAUUAAGUCAAAGAAAGAUUUUAGUGGGCCCAAGAGCAAAAAGGCACAUGAGACCAAGGCUGAUAUAAUUGCUAGAGAGAAUAAGAAAAGAUUACUUGCCAAGGAAGAACAAAAGGAAGAGCAAAAGUGGAAUUCUUUGUCAUUUUCUAUUGAAGAGGAAAUGAAAGCGAAUUUACACUCCGGAAUAAAGAAGCUGGAAGACUUUCUGAAAUCCUGUAAAAGUAGCUCUGUGAAAUUUCAUGUUGAAAUGGUGGGGUUAACUGCCUGCCUGAAAGCCUGGAAAGAGCACUGCCGCAGUGAAGAAGGUAAAACCACAAAAGAUUUAAGUGUAGCUGUUCAGAUGAUGAAAAGGAUCCACUCCUUGAUGGAAAAAUACUCAGAACUUUUACAAGAAGAUGAUCGGCAACUUAUAGCCAGAUGCCUUAAGUACCUAGGAUUUGAUGAGUUGGCAAGUUCUUUACAUCCAACCCAGGAUGCAGAAAAUGAUGUAAAAGCAAAGAAAAGGAGUAAGUAUUCAGUUGGCAUGGGGCCAGCUCGGUUCCAACUACAAUACAUGGGCCAUUACUUGAUACGAGAUGAGAGAAAAGAUCGGGAUCCCAGGGUCCAUGAUUUUAUUCCAGACACAUGGCAGAGAGAGCUCCUUGAUGUCGUGGAUAAGAAUGAGUCAGCAGUGAUUGUGGCCCCAACGUCCUCAGGCAAAACCUAUGCUUCCUACUACUGCAUGGAGAAAGUGCUGAGGGAGAGUGAUGACGGGGUGGUCGUGUACGUUGCGCCCACAAAGGCCCUUGUUAAUCAAGUGGCAGCAACUGUUCAGAAUCGUUUUACGAAAAAUCUGCCAAGUGGUGAAGCUCUUUGUGGUGUUUUCACCAGGGAAUAUCGUCAUGACGCCUUAAACUGUCAGGUACUUAUUACGGUGCCUGCCUGCUUUGAAAUUCUGCUGCUUGCUCCUCAUCGCCAAAACUGGGUGAAAAAGAUCAGAUAUGUUAUAUUUGAUGAGGUUCAUUGUCUUGGUGGAGAAAUUGGCGCGGAAAUCUGGGAGCAUCUCCUUGUCAUGAUCCGAUGUCCCUUUUUGGCCCUUUCAGCUACCAUAAGUAACCCUGAACAUCUCACCGAGUGGCUACAAUCGGUAAAACGGUACUGGAAAGAGGAAGACAAAGUAAUUGAAAAUACUGUUACUUCUAAGAGACAUGUGGGUCGUCAUCCCGGUUUUCCCAAAGACCACUUGCAAGUAAAACAAUCAUAUAAAGUUAGACUUGUGCUCUAUGGAGAGAGAUAUAAUGAUCUAGAGAAGCAUGUAUGUUCAAUAAAAGACGAUGACAUUCAUUUUGAUCAUUUCCACCCAUGUGCUGCUUUAACAACAGACCAUAUUGAAAGGUAUGGAUUCCCUCCUGAUCUUUCCCUUUCACCUCGAGAAAGCAUCCAGCUAUAUGACACCAUGUUUCAAAUUUGGGAAAGUUGGCCCCGGGCCCAGGAACUGUGUCCAGAAAACUUUAUUCAUUUUAACAAUAAAUUAGUCAUUAAAAAGAUGGAUGCUAGAAAAUAUGAAGAGAGUCUAAAGACAGAAUUAACAAGUUGGAUUAAAAAUGGCAACAUAGAGGAGGCCAGAAUGGUACUUAAGACUCUUAGUCCUAAAGCAGAUUUUAGUCCAGAAAACAUGAUAACAAUGUUUCCACUUCUAGUUGAAAAACUAAGGAAAAUGGAGAAGUUGCCUGCACUAUUUUUUUUAUUCAAGUUAGGAGCUGUAGAAAACACAGCUAAAAGUGUGAGCGCUUUCCUGGAGGAAAAGCAAGAGAAGAAAAGGCCUCCCAAAGCUGAUAAAGAAGCCCAUGUCAUGGCUAACAGACUUCGAAAAGUUAAAAAAUCCAUAGAGAAACAAAAGAUCAUAGAUGAAAAGAGCCAGAAAAAAACCAGAAAUGUGGAUCAAAGCCUAAUCCAUGAAGCUGAACAUGAUAAUCUACUGAAGAGUCUUGAGAAGAACCUGGAAAUCCCACAGGACUGCACAUAUGCUGAUCGAAAAGCAGUGGACACUGAGACUUUGCAGAAGGUAUUUAAUCGAGUAAAAUCUGCAAGAAAAGGUGAAGAAUUGAAAGCCUUGGCAGAAAGGGGUAUUGGAUAUCAUCACAGUGCUAUGAAUUUCAAAGAAAAACAAUUAGUUGAAAUCCUCUUUAGGAAAGGAUUUCUUAGGGUGGUGACAGCUACUGGAACACUUGCUUUAGGUAUCAACAUGCCUUGUAGAUCUGUGGUUUUUGCUCAAAACUCAGUCUAUCUGGAUGCUUUAAAUUACAGACAGAUGUCUGGUCGUGCUGGAAGAAGAGGUCAAGACCUGAUGGGAGAUGUGUAUUUCUUUGAUAUUCCAUUCCCCAAAAUAGGAAAACUCAUAAAAUCCAAUGUUCCUGAGCUGAGAGGACAGUUCCCUCUCAGCAUAACCCUGGUCCUGCGACUCAUGCUGCUGGCUUCCAAAGGAGAUGACCCAGAGGAUGCCAAGGCAAAGGUGCUAUCAGUGCUAAAGCAUUCAUUGCUGUCCUUCAAGCAACCAAGAGCCAUGGACAUGUUAAAACUUUACUUCUUGUUUUCUUUGCAGUUACUGGUGAAAGAGGGCUAUUUAGAUCAAGAAGGUAAUCCUAUGGGGUUUGCUGGACUUGUAUCACAUUUGCAUUAUCAUGAACCUUCGAAUCUUGUUUUUGUCAGUUUUCUCGUAAGUGGCCUUUUCCAUGAUCUCUGUCAGCCAACCAGGAAAGGCUCAAAACAUUUUUCUCAAGACGUUAUGGAAAAUCUAGUGUUAGUAUUGGCACAUCUCUUUGGAAGAAGAUAUUUUCCACCAAAGUUCCAAGAUGCUAAAUAUGAGUUUUAUCAGUCAAAGGUGUUCCUUGAUGAUCUCCCUGAGGAUUUCAGUGAUGCCUUAGAUGAAUAUAACAGGAAAAUUAUGGAGGACUUUUCCACUUUCCUACAAAUUGUUUCCAAACUGGCUGAUAUGAAUCAGGAGUAUCAACUCCCAUUGUCAAAAAUCAAAUUCACAGGUAAAGAAUGUGAAGACUCCCAACUUGUAUCUCAUUUGAUGAGCUGCAAGGAAGGAAGAGUAGCAAUCUCACCAUUUGUUUGUCUGUCUGGAAUCUUUGAUGGUGAUUUGCUUCAACUGGAAACUCCAAACCAUGUUACUCUAGGCACAAUCGGUGUCAAUCGCUCUCAGGCUCCAGUGCUGUUGUCACAGAGAUUUGAUAACCGAGGAAGGAAAAUGUCGCUUAAUGCCUAUGCCCUGGAUUUCUACAAACAUGGCUCCUUGCUAGGAUUAGUCCAGGAUAACAGGAUGAAUGAAGGAGAGGCUUAUUACUUGUUGAAGGAUUUUGCACUCACCCUUAAAUCUAUCAGCGUUUCCUUGCGUGAGCUAUGUGAAAAUGAAGAUGACAACGUUGUCUUAGCCUUUGAACAACUGAGUACAACUUUUUGGGAAAAGUUUAGCAAUGUCUAAAACAAAGUAUAUGCAAACCAUUUAAAAAUAAUUCCUUAGUAGUUUUUCAGGUCAUACUUUCGAUUCUCAUGGUUCUUGCCAGAAAUACCUUAUGAUGAAGUGGGAAGAGGAAGCACUUUGCAAUCAAACAGAGUUGCAAUCAAACCUGCCAUGUUCUAUCAUGAAUAGUCACAAAUUGCUUAGUAUACCUGAAUCUUGGUUUCUGUUUAAUAACUGAGUAAUAAUGCUUAUGUCUCAGAUAGUUUGAGGAUUGACUAAGAAAAUGCAAGAAUCUCCUAUGUGACUGAAUAACAAUUUUUACUCUGUGAAGCCAAAGUAAAUAUUAUAUUCUCAUUAUUUUUAUCCCCAGCAUCAAUAUUUAUAAAAUGUUUAUUAAGCCUUGACAAAAUGAUUAUAGUAUCCUGAAGCUGAAAUAUAUUCUCUCCAAUUAACAUAAAUAUGGUUACAUAAGUUAGCUAUACUGCUAUUGAGAUAGUAUUUUCUAGUAUACUUAAACUAGUUUUUAAACAUAUAAAUAGGAGUUUUGGUAUAUAUUUUGUGAUGAUUUAACAAAAAUACAGUGAACGAUUUGCUUUAUUAUAAUUGUAUAUAAGUGACUGGAAAACCACAAAGAAAGUGAAUUUGAUCUGUUUAC